GUGUACUAUCUAUGUAUAUAUUUUAAUUUAUGCCUCGUAUAUUUAAGCCAUACAUAUUAUAAUCACAGACUUCUAUAUUAUAAUUUCUAUAUAAUAUAUUGGAGUGGUUUUAUUUCUAAUUACUUACGAUUUGAGAACCUCUCGGGUAACUUAUCGUUUAUUAUUUCCUAGCGGCAAUCGCAUGAACUAGCGAUUACCGAACGCCAAUUUCGAUUUAAAUUCAAAAAGUAGGUAUUUACUGAGUAAAUAGUACCGGUAGAAGAUAAGAGAUUUUUUAUUAUUUACCGAUUUACCUAUUAUCUUACCGAUUGUGCUUCGUAUGUUUUUUCAAUUAACUAAUUACUCAAUAUAUAUAAUCAAUAUUAUAUAUUUUUUUAAUAAUAUUAUUCAAUUUAACGAUUAUUAUUAUUGCUGACUAUUAAUUAUUCAAAUAUUAAUCAUUAAGAUGUUUUAUAAUUGAGUUUUCAAAUGCCUGACGAAUAAAAUGAAAUAUUAAAAUACAAGAAUAUAUUAACUAUUUAACUUAAAAAAAAACCAAAAUAUAUUCCUACAUAUUAUCAAAAUUAGUCAUUUAAAAUAAUGAAUUUUGAUCAAUUUGAAUUUAUUAUACGAUGACAAUACAACUUCAAGGAACUGAUUAUACGAACAAGAGGAUAAUAUUAAAUGUUGUAUCUGCAUAUGGAUUUGGUUUAAUCAAAGGAUCUAUUGUAAUAAAUGCUACACUAAAAGAUUUAAAACUACAAACUCCAUCAAUAUUUGUAAACAAAAAUGAAUUAAAAUUUGGUUGUGAAUUCAUAUGGUAUAUGGAUAGUUUAGAAUUAAAAAAAACACGAAUGUAUAAUGAAUCAAUUAAAAUUGAAUGUUUCCGUGUGUCAAAUAUAACUAAUAUUCAUGAAAAACUUGGAUACUUGUUUUUAAAAAUUAAAGGAGCUCAAUUUAUAACCACCUCAUCUAAUGAUAGAGUAGACAAUAAAACCUUCAAAUUAAUUGGAUCUAAAAACUAUAAUUAUAGUGUUACAUUGUCAUUACGAAUUGAAGAUUAUAAUCAGAAGAUUGAAGAAUGUACAACAAAAAAGAUAGAAAAUUUGAAUACUCAUACAAGUAUAGUUAAUAUAAAACUUCCUUCUCGGUUAGAUAAAAAUACAAGAUUAAGCAGAGAGGUUUCUGCAUCACCUAAUGAAUUAAAAGUAAUGGAACAACCAAAAAUAAUGUCAAAUAACAAUGAGACAUAUAACAUAAAUAGUUAUGAUGUACAACAAAAAUAUAUUGAAGAAUUAGAAGACUGGAAAGACCAACAAAUGAUAUUAUUUAAUGAAAAGAUGAAAAUAAAAGAAGAGCAAUUACUACAAGAAAUUAAAAACAAAUGGCUGACUGAUAAAAAAAGCAUUGAAGAUGAACUAACAUUUCAGGUAACAAAAUGUAAAGAAUAUGCUGAGAAUAUGGACAAAUUAGCUGACAUGCUCAAAGAAAGAGAAGCUAAUAUUACAUCUAAAGAAUUAGAGUAUGCAUAUCAAAAAGAUAAUUUGAAUGACAAAUACAUAAAUGUUAUGCAAAAUUUGCAAUCGUCUUUUGUACAAACAAUCAAAGAAUUUAAAAGUAAAAUUUCAAACUUGGAAGCUAAACUUCAUCAAUCUGAAUCACAUAAUGUAUUAUUACAAAAAGAAGUACAGACAUUAAAUCAGAAAAUUGCAAGUUUAGAGAACCAGUGUGAUGAAGCUAAUAAGGCACAGAUGUUCUUUAAGGAACGAUGGAUAACUUCUGUUAGGAAAAUCAAUAGAAUGUACACAAAGAUGUAUGGAAAUCAAAAUAAUGAACAUAUGUCUAAUAAUAAGCAAAAUAUUCAAAAUGUGCUAACUAAUCACAUGGUUGGACGACAGCAUGAUGAAGAAUGUUUGCAAAGAUUAUUGAAGGAUCUAGGAAAACUUCGUGAGGAAAUGAUUAAUACCAAUUUAUCAAUUUAAGACAAUUUGUAUUUACAAGCACAAAUAUGUACCCUAUAAUAUUAAAAUACUUUUUUUAUAUGUUUUUUAGAAUUUCGAUUUUAUUUUUUAUUUUUGUCAUAUUGUAAAUAAUUAUUUUAAUAAUUAAUAACUUUACAUAGGUACAUCAUUUUAAGCACAAUAGUUUAGCAAUGUUGAAUAAUUGUUGUUAACAUUUUAUCUUCAGUUAAACGCAUAUUGCAAUUAGAAGUUUGCUAGCUAAGGUAUAUUUUAUUACAUUUAUAAUAUUAUUACAUAAGGUAUAACAAUAAUUUAACAUCAAUAAAUACCUAGUUUCAAUAAAAUUGUAUAGUUAUAAUAUAUACUCUGUUUAAAAUAAGAAGUGAGUAUAAAUUUAGGUACAAUGUGCGCGCUGUUUAUCAAAAAAAAUAAAUCUACAUAUACAAUAAAGAAUAAUAAUUCAAACCACUGAAAUUUAUAUAUUAUUAAUUACUGUCAUUAUAUUGUAUGUA